AUGCUUAAACCAACUGAACCAUCUCCAUCAUAUAGCAAAAUGAAAUCACUAUGUGAAAUAUAUUAUGGGUUUCGUCCUAAUAAACCAAUUUUCACACCAGAUGACUAUCCAGAUUUGACUGGCAAAACAGCACUUGUUACAGGCUCCAACUCAGGUAUUGGUUUGGAAACUACAAAGGCAUUAUAUAAAAAAAAUUGUGAUGUUAUUAUGGUCGUACGAAAUGAAGGUAGGGGUAACACUGCUCGUGAUUCUGUUAUGAAGGAAAUCUCUGGCUCUAAAGGGAACCUUUACGUUGUGAGUGGUUGUGAUUAUUCAGAUUUAUCUUUAAUUAAAGCUGUUUCUAAGAAAAUUGAAAAUGUCCUUAAGGAUAAACCACUCAGUAUCAUUAUUCACAACGCUGGUCUAAUGGCUUCAGCUACUGAUUUAACUUCCGAACAAGGCUAUGAAUUAAUGUUUCAAACUAACGUUUUAGGUCCACAAUUGUUACAACAUUUUCUAGAUCCUCUAUUCUUAAAAAAUGAUUCUGAUUUAAAGAGAAUCGUUUGGGUGUCCUCUGGUGCACAUUUAUUGGGUCCAAAGGAUUAUGGUAUCUUCUGGGAACAUCCAACUUUUAAGGGUGUCCCUAUCAAAAAAAGACCAUCUGCUCUUGCACUAUACGGUCAAAGUAAAUGUGGUAAUAUCUUCCAGGCUAAAGCUUGGGCUACUAGGAACAAGAACUUGGUUGAUGAAAUCGGAUGUGUUUCUACUUCAUGUUAUCCAGGUAAUUUGAAUACCAAUUUACAGAGGGAUUGGAGUUGGAUUAGAAAGACUGUUUUCAGUAAACUAAUGUGGGAUGCUAAAUAUGGUUCCUACACAGAAUUGUAUGGUGCUUUGUACUCAGGUUUGGAUUCUAAAGAUCAGGGUGCUUAUAUUUGUCCAUUUGGUGAAAUUCAUGAUCCUCGUGAAGAUGUUAAGGCCGGGUUGAAGAACGGUACCGAUCUAGUGUUCUGGGACUAUGUUGAAGAAGUUAUCAAACCAUUUUUUUAA